AUGGACGUGACAAUGGGGAGCAUUGCGCCUACGGGGCUGAAGGGGAAGCUCGCUGCCCUCGAGGAUUUCAUCUCCAUGCAGAAUGAAGAGCUGGCUGCGCAACGUCAGGAAAUUGAGAGCCUCCGUGGUGACAAGGCCGGCAUCGAGGAACACUAUCAGGGACAGCUGCAGGAGCUCAAGAAGACCAUGGUCGGGGACGUGCAGCGCCUUCAGGACGAAGUGAAGAGACACUUUGCGCAACAAAAAGCAGAGAAUGCCCGUCUGCAACAGCAAAUCACGACUUUGAAGGGGGAGAAAACGUCUUUGCAGCAGCAGAUCCUCGGGCUCCAGCGGCGAAUCCAAGAAAUCGAGGAGCAGGCUUCCCUCUUUGCUCUCGCAUUACCCUCGGUGGUUGGGAGAGCCCGGUGUUAA